UCAAAAAAAAAAAAAAACACGUAACUAGCUAGCACUAGCAGUAAACACAAGAAAGAGACCACUUCUUAAGCUCUCAAUGCAUCAAAUUUUCCCAGCAUAAAAAAAACAACAAAACAUGCCAUCUUCAACCACCUUAUUGACCAUUUUGAUUCUGACACUGUCCUUUCUCCCCAUUGCCCUCAGUUCCCAUAUUCAAGCCUGUAGCGAACCGUUCCUCAAACUAGCGCAACAAAGAAACAUCUCAGACUGCAAGAGGCUGCGCACUCUUGGCGCGGAAUUUGCAUGGUCCUACCACAAUGGCACCAACAGCUCCACCGUGCUUGAAAUCUUGUUCGGUGCCACACUCGACGCCCCACAAGGGUGGAUGGCGUGGGGUGUGAACCCGGGAAAAAGGCCUGAGAUGAUUGGAACCAAAGCCAUCAUAGGCAUCAAACUCUCCAAUGGGACACUGGGAGUGAAGACAUACGACAUCACAAAGGAGACCAAACACAAUUGCAAUCUUUUUCCGUCAGACAUUGGACUUGGUUUGUCCGCUGCCAAUAUGUUGAUGAGGAGAGAGGUGUUUAAUAAUGUGUACACCAUAUAUGCUAGAUUGACCCUCCCUUCUGAAGUGUACAACGUUACGCGGCUGAACCAUGUGUGGCAAGUUGGUUAUCACAUUGAAGGUGACCGUCCCCUUCGCCAUCCAACAACUCUUCGGAAUGUCGACAGCACAGAGGUUAUGAAUAUGACUUCCAGCUCCGGUCACAGCACUGGACAGUACCGGAGUUUCCUUAGAUCGGUACAUGGAGUCCUAAACAUCAUAGGGUGGGGAACACUAUUGCCGAUUGGAGUAAUAAUUGCAAGGUACUUUCGAGUGUUUCCUUUUCAAUGCGAUCCAAUGUGGUUUAACCUGCAUAUUGGUUGCCAAUUAACUGGUUUUCUCGUGGGAACCGCUGGAUGGGCUAUCGGACUAAGUCUCGGACAUUCUUCAAGGUACUACACCUUCCACACUCAUCGAAUCUAUGGCAUUCUCAUAUUCACCUUUAGCACAGUCCAGAUGCUGGCUUUUCGCUUAAAGCCGGAGGUGACCGAUGAUUACCGAAAGUAUUGGAACAUGUACCAUCAUUUCCUUGGAUAUGGACUGUUGGCGAUCAUAUUCAUAAACAUAUUCAAAGGAAUUUCGAUUUUGGAAGGGGGAGAUGGAUGGAAGUGGGGAUACAUUGGAAAUCUUGCUUUCUUGGGUGCCAUCGCAUUUGGUUUGGAGGUUUUCACAUGGAUUCGCUUCUUCAUGGACAAAGCCAAGGCCAGGAGUGAGAACGAUGAAGCAAUCAAACAUGAUAGAAACAAGGAAAAGCAAGACUCAGUUGAAGCACCCAAACCCACCAAGACCUAAUAUAUUUGCAUGCAUCAAUCUCUCUGCACGACCCAAUAUAUUGCAUCAAUAAUUUUUUUUUUUAAGAUACAAUAAUAAUGUUAUGAUGAUUUUUUUUCUAGUUGUUGGUUGGAAUUUGAUUUUCCCGUUCAAUGAGUUAUACUCUUGGUAAUUUAA